AAGGAUAUGGAUGACAAAUUAAAAGUAAAGUGUUGUCUCGGCGUAUGAAAUAUACAUGUAUAUGUGUAUUUAAGGACACAUACUUUUGAAAUAACUUGAGGUAUGAGUUUGAAGAAACAUAUUUGUUCUUUAAUACUAUUCCAAUUCAGUUACUGAAACCGACGUAUAGGCAAUAUGUAUCAGGAAGUAAACGGGCGAAUUCUAUAUCAUCUGAAUUUAAUCAGGGGCAAUAUUUCAUUGGUAUAGUACGACGUAGACGUCAUCGUUCUGACUAAUAAAUGGUCAAAAUAGUUUAUUGGAACUAUAAGCUUCUUUAAUAUCAAGGAAACUAAAUCGGAGUAAAAAUCUCUAAGGAAUCGAUUGGUUAUCAAGCGAAUUUCUAAUUCUUCAUUGUGUUAAUAGUAUUGGAUGGAAAUGGGAUGUUCUUUUACCAUUUAUAGUCAAGCAUUGAUAUACAUAAAAUCAAAACAAAAACUUUACUGUCGGAUCUGUAUUGAUUUCCGGAAGUUAAACGAAAUACUAGAAAUGAUGAAAGAGUGAAUAUUUUUCUGCUUUCAUUGGAUGUAAAAGCAAUAGUUUUUCAAUUAAAGCUAUUUAAAGAAAAACUUAUCAAGAACGAGAUAAAGUGAUUACGAUAUGUAAACUAACGGGAUUCAUAUUUAAAAUGGAAACUAACAUUAAUAUAUAUCUGAUAUACUUAAAGGAAUUAAAAACUAAAUGAUUACGUGAUUUACGGUAUACUUACUCUACACCAAGGACACUAACAUAGAAACAUGUAUACUAAAAAGAUAUAGAGAUGAAGAAUAAGGAGAGAAAAAUGAAAUGAUCGACAAAGUGAAGGUACUUUCAAUAUGGGAGUCCAUGAGAUAAACUUUGCAUUGAAUUUGUCAUAUAACAACGGUGAAUACUUACAAGAUUCUUGUAACACUUCCGCUUGUUGGGACGCCAUAUAUCUUCAGUAUGUGUUCAAUGGAAUAUUAUUACCAAUAUUAGCAGUGGUAGGCAUUCUGGGUAAUGCCUUAACAAUGGUGGUUUUGUGGCGUCGAGAGAUGCAUUCAUCAACAAUAAUUUUAAUGCGCGGGUUGGUGGUGACAGAUACUGGAAUUAUAAUUGUCGCGUGUGUAGCAAUGACACCAUAUACACUUGCGUUCUAUCACCCGGAACUUAGGUAUUUCAAAAACGUCAUUUAUCCUAAUAUCUAUAUGCCUUGUACAUUUCUAGUCAUGUCGAUACAACAAUGUAACGUGUGGAUAACCGUAGCAACAUCCGUAGAACGGUAUGUUUCGAUUUGUCAUCCGUUUAAAGCAUCAAAGUGGAUUUCAAAAAAGAAAACGAAAAUAUCAUUAGCCAUCAUUACAAUUGUCUCGAUUAUUUAUAACAUUCCACGCUGUUUAGCAUUUAAAACAAAAACUCCAUGUGUGGAGGGUCAGUCAAGUGGCGAUUGUUUUGUCCUUAUGACAACUAAAUUUGGUGGCAGUAAUUUUUAUCACUUUUACCAACUAUAUCUGUAUACUUUUCUUAUAUAUGUGAUACCACUGUGUUCACUUCUUGUCUUGAAUCUGUUGAUAAUUAAUGAACUUAUGCGUAUGCGCAGACGUCGUGCUGGUUUAAAUAUACAGGAAGAUAAUGAAGCAAACCUUAGCCUAGUUCUUGUAUUAAUUGUUGUUGUCUUUCUGCUUUGUCAGACGCCUGGCUUGUUAGCACAAUUUGAUACUUUGUUUGAUCCUACUGUGAUGAUUAAAUAUUUAGCUGUGAGUAAUUUUCUGUUCGUUACAAAUUCGUCAGUGAACUUUUUGAUCUACACUGCCGUUGGUCGAAAAUUCCGAAAGAACCUUAUGAAAUUUUUCUCAAGAGUGUUUCGUGGAUCUUCCUUUUCUGAAAUUUCCCGAUCUUCUCAAUCAAGACGAGGAACUGUCGGUGGGUAUGAACUAAACAAUACAACUUACACAGCUGUUUCAGAAGAAACACAAAUUGAAAAUUUAGAGAAGAUGCGUCUAAAGGAUUAAAUUAUUUGCUUCCAUAUAUGUAUUUAUUAGUGUUUUGUUUGUGUAUCGUAACAAAAAGAUGUCAAAAUAUCAAUAAGAGGUACUGUGCCAAUUAAGUGACUAAAUUUUAAAGUUUAAAUUUUCAAACCUAAAACGUACUAUGAAACUAUGUACUGUUUAUUUGCAUGUAGUUUUUUUAUGAUUCAAAAACCUUGUGUUCUAGGAAAAUGAAAAUUAUGAGCUUUCAAUAUACGUUAUCCAGCGUAAAAUACCUUUUGGUUGUCUCUUAAUGUCUGUUUUGUGUAUUUACUAUUCACGGUUUUGGACUGCUGUCUCGUUUAUGGUAACCAGAUUUUAUUCAUAUGUAAAGUUGUAUAUUUGACAGUAUAAUUAUCAACCAGUAGUGCCAUACAAAACAUAGGGUGUUUUCGAAAUUAGUUUACGAUUUAUUCACAUUUUUACAUAGUACAUGUAUGACCAGAUUCAUUGGCUUAUGCAUAAACACUACGAAAAACUUGACUCGAUACCAGGUCGGUGAACGUUGUCUAACUUGUUUGUUUUUAAAUAUCUCACGAUCCAAUGUUCGACUUUGCUGAAGUAUUUUCUUUUAGAAUGUACAUGUAUUGAAAUGAACUGUUGUGAUUGUAGUUCAAUCCGCUUUAAAAUGCAUGUAGGGCAAUAUAUGUAAUGGAAAUGAGUUGAUGAUUUGUUUUAAAAUCAUAAAAACACAUUACUUUGUUUUUUAUAAAUUGUAAAACGUGAUCCUUAGUGUUACAGUCAAGAAAGUUUUAUACUUUGCAAUUAUGAAUACAAAACUAUGACUCAAAAAGGGAGUUCCAUGUAUGUGUGUAUAUCUUAUUGAUAUUUUGACAUUUAUAGCAGUGUAAACAAUACUUGCUAAUUAUGUGAUAGGUCGUAUUUAUACAUUUAUUAUUUAUUAUUAUACACUUGUCUUUCAAUAUCACAUUGUCAUUUCAAAUUAAAUGAGAAAUAUGA